AUGAAAUUCACCUGGCAUUAUGGCAAAGUCACAAGAAAUAAUUCCAGUAAACAAGGGGAAGCGAAGGCGGAGAAAGAUUUCUUCAUGGCAAUAAACGAGUCAGCCAUUCAUUAUCACAGAAGUGCAUCUGGCGAACUAGUUUCCUUAAACACUGAAACUUUGUAUGUUCAUCAGACCCACAUAGUUAAAUUGGUAAUGACCAAGGACAGUCGUAUUUCCACCGUUUAUCAAGUUAUCCAUUUGAUAGAAGGAGACCCACCAGAAAUACAUCAAGGGUUAGGGAUCUACUUUGUUUGUUUCUGUCGUUAUUUAGUUUUUUGGUUUGUUUUUACUGUUAGUUUUGUUGCCGUUUUUGAUACCUUUAUUUGUUCUUGACCUUGCUGUUGCUCUUUAUUUUCGCUACGGACACUUCUGUCGUCCAAUUAUACCUGUUUUGCUUCUGGUUUUGUUAAUUUUCGUUGUUUCUACUGUCGUCUUUUUUUAUACUUUGCUGUUGCUAUUAAUGAUAAUGUUAUUGUUGUCAUUGUCGUUUUGGUUACUACUGUUGUUGUAGCUACUUUAAUAGCAGUUGUUCAUGUUAAUGUUAAUUAAAUUGCGGCCACUGCUGCAGCUGUUCUUCUUAGUUACAUGAUCACAUCAGACAGAGCAAGUUCAAAACCCCUUUUUCACCGAGUGUUCUUCUAAUCUUUUUGCUUCAUUUUAGAUGUUUUUUUAACUGUCAACCUAAAGUGAGUCCCUUGGUCAAACUUAGUAUCAAAUCACAAUGUCGCGGAUCACAGUGCUCUAAAAUAUCAUCCUAUAAGUGGAGGCUCUACCAGCAUUUCAAGCGAAACACCUCCUUUAUCUGGCAAAGGAAACAUAAUUUACGACUCGUCACAAGUACACCGCUGAAUUCAAGUGACAUUGUUAUCAAAGGAGGUUCCCUUACUGGUGGAAAUAUGUACCGCUUGGCACUAUUCAUAACAAUUACGGACGGUUUAUGGGGAGUGAGUGCUUACGAUUUUUCUACCGCAAAACCUCCUACAGGUGGUAACUGCUCGAUCACUCCGCCAAGCGGCAUCUCACUGAAGACCGAUUUCAUUCUGAGCUGUAGUAACUGGGAAAGUGACAACACCCCUCUAUCCUACCAGUUUCAAUACAGGCUAGAGAAUGGUCUGUACAAUGUAUUAUAUCGUGGCGUUAACAAAAACAUAAGUACCUCUUGGAUACCGCCUGAGAACAGUACAGAUAAUUUUACUGUCAAAGUUAUCGCUACAGUGACUGACAAUUUUGGAAUUUCUGCCUCCCCAGUCUCUUUGACAGUUCAGGUAAGUCGCUAACCAUUGAUUUAGCGUCUAGCAUGAAAGGAUGUGAAAAUGUUAAUUUCUUUUGGUCCCUAUCAGUAAUAGAGUAGUUAUAGUAAUAGACGCCUUCUUUCGACUUUUUUUUUUUUUUUUUUUUUUUUUUAAUUUUAUUAAUUUUCAAAUUCAAAGUUACAUACAUUUUUCAUACACAAACAUAAUUCACAUAAACAGACAGACACGGUACAUCAUAUAUCUACAUACACAACCCACCGUUCCUCUUAGCUCUCCUCGGCUUCUAAAUAUCAUACUAGUACAGCGCAGCAACAAACAUGAGAUUCUAUAUCAUCUAAUAAUUUUUUUGUACUUGUCCCAUUUCAUAUUAUGAGCUUUUAGCUUAUUAUUUGAUUUUGCGAUCAUAGUCUCGAGUUGGUGGAUCGUUUUAAUUUUGAGGUUUAAUACUUUAAUUGAAGGAAGAGAUUUGUUCUGUCGGCAAGAAUAUAAAUACUGUUUGGCAAUUAUUAAAAUAUGAUUGAUUAAUAAUUCGUCUUCGCACCUUAAAAUACCAAACAUUAUAUCUUUUUCAGAGAGGUGUUUUAUCUUUACGCCUUGAUUAUCGAACCACUUUAUUACCUCAGCCCAGAAAUCCUUAGUAUAACGACAAGAAAUAAAAAAAUGCUCCAAGGAUUCGUUCAUUUCGCCACAGAAGGAACACGCCGGGGAUGGAAUAAUACCAAUUUUGUUUGAAAAAGAAUUUGUGAUAAGACACCUGUUAAGUAGUUUAUACUGGAAUUCACGCGAUUUUGUGUCCAAGGAAGUACGAAAUGGCAAGCUGUAAAUCUCUUUCCAUUCUAAGACAUCAUUAACAAAAUGAGUAUUAAAAUUCAGUUGGGCAGUCGGUGGAGUGAUGAUUCUAUUUCGAAGUUCUUUAUAUAUAGUCUUUGAAAUGACUGUUUCAAUUAAAACGUUUUUGUCAUUAAAACUUAAUUUAAUUUCGUUAUACAAAUUGAAAGGCUCGUCAGCUGUAGAAGCAAGCGUGUUUAAUGAUUCACGCCAUUCAACUGGUAAGGCGUCUAUUACAGAAAUAAGUCGAAAUAUAUCUAACGGCGAGGUGUUUAAUUCUCACAACUUGUAAUUACUUUUGACAAUAAAUUCGUUAUUGUCCGAGAUUAGAUCCCCUAUUCGAAGAAUUCCUUUUUCUGCGAGAUUUUUAAAAUACACAGAUUUGCCACCGAUACAAAUAAAUUUAUUAUUCCACACAAUAGCUUUUGAAAGAUCUUGUCUAUUUUGAUCCUGUAUACUUGUGUGAGUUGCUGCGGAACAUUUUGCGAAACUUUUAAAGCAUUCUUCAUAAAAUGCUGGAAGCUUUAUGGGCAAUUUCUUCAAAUCAAAAUCGCAACAUAAAAUAAGUUUACCCCCCACAGGUUCAAGAUAAUGCAGUACAAUUUUUUUCCAAUUGCUCGGUUGAUCGCUUGCCAACUUUUUGCAACAGAGGAUUCUCUGAGUCUCUAUUAUAGAAUCUAAAUGUGGGGCUUUAAGUCCCCCAUCUUCAAUGUCACCAAUAAGAGCAGAGCGUUUGAUUUUGUCCUUCCCCUUCCAGAUAAAAUCGAAGAUAAUUUUGUUCACAUCUUUCACAAAUUCCCUAUUUACUAAUAUCAAACUCGCGCGAUACAGGAAAAUAGGAAUGAUAAAAGUUUUGACAAUUUGAAUUCUUCCGAUAAUCGUCAAAUCCCUCCACCUCCAAAUUCGUAGUUUUUGUUGAAUGGAACUAAUUAAUUCAUCAACAUUUAAUUUUUGUUUCAAUCGAAAAUCAUAGGUGAAGUGCACUCCCAGAAUUUUAACAACUUUUUUAAUUUUUAAGUUGCAUGAAACGACAUUGUCUUGUUGUAGAGUAGAAGAACAAUUACCCAAUAUCAUUAUUUCUGAUUUAUCGUGGUUAAUCUUCAGGCCUGAACAAGUCCCGUAAUCUUUUAUAAGUUUAAGAAAGUUCACAAGAAAGAUUAUCUUUCAAAAAACCAGUUAAAUCAUCUGCGAAAAGGCUUAAUCUGAUCUCUUCAUUAUCUACCUUAAUACCAUUAAUAUCUUUACUACUGCGUACGCUAAUACAAAGAAUUUCUAGCGCUAUGAUGAACAGGUAAGCAGAGAGGGGGUCUCCUUGUCUCACUCCCCUUUCAACUGCAAAGGGCUGGGUAGAAAAACCAUUGUUUAUGACACAACUUGAGAUGUUGUUGUAAAAUGUGUGUAUCCGUUGCAAAAAUGAUGUACCGAAACCAAAAAGAGGUUAGAGUGCGAAAUAGAAAAUCUCUACUGACAGUAUCGAAGGCUUUUUGAAAUCUAUACAAAUCAUUUCUCCUUCAAGAUUAUACCUUUGUGAGAAUUCCAUGACAUCUUCUAUCGUUCUGACUGCGUCAAAAAUAGUUCUUCCCUUAACAUAUGCACAUUGAUUAUAAUGUAUGAUGUUUGGUAAGACCUUCUCUAAUCUUUUGCAAUAGCUUUUGACCCUAUUUUUACAUCCACAUUGAUAAGUGAGAUUGGUUUCCAAUUCGACAAAUCCCGUUUGUCUUUAUCCUUUUUCUCAAUUAAGGUAAUAAUGGCUUCCUUUUGGGAAUUUGACAACUCGCCAUAAUCAUAAGAGUAGUUUAAACUGUCUACCAUCAGAUUUCCUAAAAUGUGCCAAAAAGCUCUAUAAAAUUCAGCCGUUAAUCCAUCAUUACCUGGUGACUUGUUGCUUUCAAAAAGCUGAAGACUCUUGUAACACUCGUCAACUGUUAAUUUUCCAUCACAGUUUCGAGCCUCAUUAUUAGCGAGUUUCGGUAUUUCAGAGUUAUUCAAGAAAAAAUUUAGCAUCUCCUCUGAUGGUCUAAGGGGAUCAUGUUUACAAAGAUUGGAAUAAAAAUUUUGUAUCUCUUGGAGAAUUCUUUUAGGGUCUGUGAUUAGCACACCUUCACUGUUAAAGACUUUGCGAACAGAGCUUUUAGCUUUUUUAUGCGUUUCCAGAUUUAGAAAAUACUUGUUGCUUUUUUCGCCUUUCUCAUACCAUGUGGCUUUUGAUCGAAUAAUGGCUCCCUUUGCUAUCUGUUCAUAAAUAGAAUCGUAUUCCAUUUUCAACAUUUCAAGCUCCUCCUGAUUCUCAAAGGUUGGUGACUCAUUGCACUUUUCCUCACAAAUCCUUAGAGAGGUCUCAAGAUCAGAAAUCUUUUUUCUUUUUUUGAGCGCUUUCUCUUUACUAUACUUAAUUGAAACUUGUCUGAUUCUGUACUUAAUUAAAUCCCACAACAGUCUUUUAUCUGUAAUAUCUUCGAAUUCCUUUAACCACAUAGGCACACUUUCAUUUAUCAAUGUGACAAAAUCAUCAUCGUCGAUGAGACUGGCAUUAAAUUUCCAAAAGGAGGGACCGUAUUCCGGUUUGUCUAAACUAUUAAGAUGAAGAGAAAUUGCCGAGUGGUCUGAAUUGAUCGAAGGAAUGAUAUCAGAUUUCUCAAUAUCAUCCUGGGAAGAAUCAUUGAUUAGCCAAUAGUCAAGUCUUCUCUGAAUGAAAGGAUUUUUUUGCCUCCACGUAAAACGUUUACAUUCCGGAUUUCGAAUUCGCCAAAUGUCUACUAAGUCGAAAUCGAGACAUAAGUCUUGUAUUUUUUUGACAGACUCUUUCUUAAAGGGUUUUCCACCUGAACAAUCAAGAUCGGAGUCCAGUGUGACAUUGAAAUCUCCCCCUACAAUUAUCCUAUGCUCUUUGUUAACAGCGAAAUGUUCAAUGUUUUUAUUUAAAUUUUCAAAAAAACGGCAUUGAUCUUGAACCUUGUUGGGAGCAUAAAUAUUAACAAACAAGAAUAAUGAGCCUUGUACCUCAGCUUCCAUUAUAAUUGAGCGGCCCUCAGUAUCCAAAUUAACGGACUUAACGCUAAAAUCAAGGUCACUUCUCACUAAAAUCAUCACCCCACAACUGUGAUUAGAACCAUGUGCAAAAUGAAGCUUACCUUGCCAUUGCGUCUUCCAGAUAUCUUCAACAUCUACAGUACUGUAGGUUUCUUGAAGGAAAAUGAUAUCGUACUUUCGUUCAUUAAGCCACGUGAAAAGAGCUUUCCUCUUUGUUGGGGAACGAAUCCCUCGAACAUUAAGAGAAAGUAAUUUGAAAUUUAUAUACUCCUUCUCGAAUGGGACAAUUCAAUCAACUAGUUACGUAUACAAGUAUCUCGCGUUGCAACUGCGCAUAAAUUAAUAUGUGGUACCGAUGGAGUUUACAAGAGGUUUCUACACAACAACAUGGUAUACAAAAGAAACAACAAAUAACAAACAUUACACAACAAUGUCUUACACAAAGAGAAUAAAUGGCAGCUGAGUAAUUAACACCUAUAGAGCUGCCUCGGAGAUUGGAACAAUUAUUUAGAUUCAAAUGAUCUUACGCAACCUCCCGUUACACUGAAAAACAACUACAUCAAAUAAAUGUAAAGGGUUCAAUCUGUAGAGAGACCGUUCCUAAAAGAAUCUAAAUGUUCAAUCUACAAUGGAACAAACUGUCCUUCAAUAAACAAUUUAUCAGGCUCGGGUUUGCUAAAGAAUGCUAUCUUUCCUUCUUCCCUCGCUUUCUUUAGCCUUGGCCAUUGCCUUUUUCUUCUUUGACCGAUUUCCUUGGGGAGAUCUGAAUAGACCUUUACAUCAAUAUCACUCUCCAUCUCACGGGCUUUUCUAAAAAACCAGCUCACGUUCUGGAAACUUCAAAAACGAACGAUAACCGGCCUGGCCUCUCCCGUCUUCUUCUUGCCAAUUCGAUGAGCUCUCUGAAAUUCAAUAUUCUCGGUAUUUUCUAGCUCCAACUCUUCUUUAAGAAAAUUACGCAUCACUUCAAAUGUAUUCUCGACACCGGUAGUAGAUUCGGGGAUUCCAAAGAAGCGUAAAUUUUCUCUUCUAUUAUAUACCUCUUGGUACAGCAAUUUAUCCUCAAGCUCUUUGAUUUUGUCUUCAUUCUCCUUGUCUUUCUUCUUUAGCUCCUCGAUUUCUGUGCUUUCGAACUCCAUUGCCUUCUCAAUAUCAUUCAUCUUCUCUUCAACUUUUCUCGACUUCUCACUUAGCGUGCUCAAUCCAGUUUGAAGGCUACUAACCGAAUUCUCCAAAGCAGAAAAACGUUCAAAUAUACCUUCGAGCCUCUGUAGUCUAUUUUCGACGCUCGCAAGCGUGUUGCAGAUCGUUUCAAGUUGUGAGGCAAUCCUUUCUGUCAUAUUCAACGCUUCCAACACUUUGUCGUCUUCGCCUUCGCCGCUUGCUGUGUUUAUAUUUGGGUCAGAACGUGGGCUCUCAAAUUUUUUUUUUCCUUCAGGAGAGGAAGUAUCACUAUCAAAACUUAAUCUCUCUUUUUUACGUUUGUAGCAUUGCGCCAUAGACUAAGCUUAUGGACAUAAAAUAUUGAAAAUUCGUUGAAAAACAGCCGGGAGGGAAACACGUACGUCUUCACUCGUGCAUACCUCGCCCCCAGUCUUUCUUUUGACUUUUGCAGAUCAGUCCAUAUCAGAAUGUAAGCACUGAUGUUAUCACAAACCUUCUACUGGCAAACGACAGUUUAUUUCAGAAGUUCAUCGAGAUCGGAAACCUAAGAAAAGCGGCGCUAUUAGCAAACUCUGUCCUGCUCUCAGUUUCACAAGAAACCUCAAUGAAUUUCCAGGAGAGAUACAAGGUACUGCAAACAUAACUUGUUACUUAAAAAGUGAAAUACUAGUUCAUUAUGAUCGUAUCCGAAAAGCAAAGAGUUUACUAAGAGCCAAACAUGCCAAAGAAAACGAAAAGAAUAAAGAAUUUGUAUUUGAAAAAAAAUAUACUAUCAUUAAAAAAAUUAACUUUCGAAAAACAGUCGAAUAUAAUGCAUUAAACAUACGAACAUACCUUUUAGAAAAAAAGGUAGGCUUGUGUGUUAAAUACCUGAUAUUUCUGCAUUCCAAGAGUCGUGGCUUCUACGUUAGAUGUUGACCUCCCAUUAUUCUCGCGGGUUGAUUGUGUGAGCAAAAAAAUUCGUCUACCGCUGAGACGAGUGAAGAACUUACCACGUCUUGAAAAUGAGGUUUGAAAAUUUACUUCAUGGGCGGAAAUCACCCUGCAUUCCUUUAUUUCAGCUUGGACGUUUUCGGUGUUUUCAUGCAUUUAGAUCAAUCAUGCGCCUGCAAAUGUAUCAUUUUGAUGGGUUUUAACUAACAAUUUAAUCGGAAAACCUAAUACGUUGAGUCUAAGUAUGCCUUUAGAUGUAUCAUCUUUGGAACGAGCCUAAUAUGAGGGAUAUAGUCUGUUUGCCUAUUUCUCUACUGGCUUAAUUAACAUUAAGCUUUAUCGUUGUUAAAGGUUGUAAACUACAUCCUUGAAAACAUUUCGCCCUUGGAAGCGAAAACUGUCUUCGACCUCCUUCAAAAAUCUUCGGUUAUCGAUUCUGCUCUUCCGGUUCUGGAGGAAGUGCCCCAUCAGUCUCUGGUAAGUGAAUUACGUAGUACUGGUUGGGAAUGGAAUAGCCUUGGUUGUUAUGUCAAGUUUUCAUACCAUGACACUAUUUAGCCAGAAAGGCUACAGAAACAACAGAAAUAACCACAACAGCAAAGACGAAGAAUUUGGAAACAAACAAGCAUGAAAAACAAGCAACUGUUGUGUUAUCAAAUGAAGCAGUCUAUAAUUUUGUAAUCACUUUAAAUAAUUCGCCACAAAUUAGCUCUACGACGGUAAUGGAAAGAAAUCUGAAAGUAAGCAUUUUUAGCUUCAUUUCCAUUUAUUUGCACUCCACAGAAUUUCUCCUUAUCAGCUAUCAGUUCAAUGACGUCACUCCUAUGGUCUAUCGCCCAGAAAAGAGACGUAGCAGACAUAUCGCUGACAAAGCAAUCAGCAGAAAACUUGGCUUCAUGUCUUAAUACCGUGUUGAAGGCAGCAGCAGUGACUGCAUCAGAAGACUCCAAGUCAAGUUUUCAGCAACAGGUACUUUAAUGUACAUUUAGGUGAUGUCCAAAAGCCUACGAGUUAAAUAGACCUUUUAAAACGUAGUUAUACAUGCAAGCAUAAUCAUUAGACUUUAUUCAUUAGCAAAUGGUCCAUCGCAGAUUGCUUUAAACUUAACUGUUACUCCCUUAUUCAUUCAGAUUUUGAACCUUUUAUGGUUUGUUUGUAUGUAUGUUUGUUUUAAGCUUUCGAAAAUCCAUAAUUUGCUUAUAUUAUUUGCUUAUUUAUGCAAUUUCUACAGGGUAAACUAUUAGUGAAGAUUUCAAUGAAGGCCCUCCAGAAAGUUACAGACUCGCUGUUGGUCUUGACAGUACCUGAUGAAAAAACUAUACCAUUCACUGCAGGACAGCUAUCCAUGACACUCGGAAGAUAUACCCUCCAAAGACUUUCAGGACUGGAAGUAAAAGCAGGAAAAGGCCGGUUUAUCUUACCGUCUAAGAGCCAGUUGUUACUCUCUGGAGUAAACAAAACAAGUUUUGUAGAUGUUCAGGUAAUUAUUUCUGCCCUUCAGACAAAUUUCAAUCCAAGUUUUUUUUUAGCAGAUACCAACACCAGUCAAGUUAAAAUCGCACGUUAGACACCUUAAAGGUUGCUUAUUACCUCUAGCAGUCAUAUUUCUUGUUUUGCUUUUGACGUGUUCAACUCUGGCACUUGGGCAGCAAAAGGGAAUCGAAUCAUGUGACCGAAGUGACCAGAUGAAUGUUAUUUAUUUUUUGUUGUUUUCCAAGUAUAUUUCCAGUUUUAUUUUGAACCCAACUUAUGAUAACUUAAAAUUAAUAGUAAGACGGAGUACCCUAUUUACGUGUUCAAUUAUAGCAGUCCACAAAAACAAACAAGCAAAAUUCUUAAUUAUUUCUCUUUUAGAUGCUCUCAUUUUCUUUAAACCCUUACACUUGGGACGGCACCAAGGAACGAGUUGGCUCUGAUGUUGUAAGCCUGCACUUUAAAAAAUAAUGACAGCGAGCCUAUUAAAGUAUCAAAUCUCACGGAAGACAUUGUUAUCGUUACGCCUUUAAAACUUCAGAAAAACUCUGCUUCGGAAAACUCAUGGUAUUUCACAAAGAACGAUGAUCUACGUUCCCACGAGAUAAACGUCAAGUAUGAAAACACCCUGCUGAUGCUGGAAAUCAAACCUCAAGAUCCAACCGUACAUCUGUUUGUCUAUAUGCGUUUUGGUCAGCGACCGACAACUCAAAACUACGACUUCAAUGCUAUUAUCUCUCAUGACGAAAAAUGUGUUUGGAUGAUGAGCACACAUGGCAAAAGUAACGGACAAACGCUCUGCUACUUGAAUCCACAUGCGCCGAUACAAGUCCUAGCUGAGCAUCCUGGGAAAUACUUAAUCGGCUUAAAAAAUUAUAAUGCCACAGUGAACUUAUCUCACACAAGGGAGAAAAGAUCUUGUAUUGGUGAAAGGCGAAGGAAGCGCUCCUGUGUCGAAGUCAAAGAUCCACAACCCGCCCCACCCCAGAGUGAAAAUGUCUCUGUGAUGCCUGUUUAUGAUUCCACAACAGACCAGAACUACACUCUGAAGGUGACCUUGGGUAGCUGUGUUUACUGGUCAGAAACAAGUGACAUGUGGAUAUCAUCUGGUUGCCGAGUAAGUGAAAAUUAAAUAUAGAUUUUCAGCGUGAUCUUUUUUAUCUAAUUUGGCAUCGUAUUCAACACAAUUCAGAUAAUUUGAGCUUUCCUGAGUAAUGUUUGUAAAAGUGCUGUGGUAUUGCAAUAAUCUUCACUCAUUAAGCUUAUCAUUGAAUUCAGGCUAAUGUUUGAUUACAGAACAUUUUCAGACAAAAUUGGAAUCGAUUUGAUAGCCAGCCAGGGUAUAAAAGCGCCUUAAAACAAAAAAGAUGCAGUGUGAUUUAUGGUGACAGCCAAAAUGAUAAUUUUCAUCAUUAAGAUCUUCCUUGCAUUUAUAAUUUCAGGUUUUAGCAGAAUUGGAUGGAUUUUUAAACUGUAGCUGUAGCCACUUGACGUCAUUUGGGGGAAAUCUCUUAGUUGAACCGAAUCCCAUUGACUUCGACAAGGUUUUAGUCGAGUUCCAGCAGUUAUCAGAAACUGGAAAUAUCGCAGUUAUUGUGGUUAUUGCUAUUAUGUUAUGUGACUGCGCUUAUUAUCGUAAGGAAAUUCGACGAGGAAGACGCGAAAAAUGUGAGUGUAGAGUCAGAUUUUCCUUAGGAUUGUUGUUUUAAUUGUUGUCUUGUUGUUAAAUCUCCCUCCGGCUGCUAUACAUUAUUUUGCAAAUAAGUCAUGAAAAUUUGAUAAUUGAUCAAGAUAACAAAAUCUACCUGAUAAUUUUGAGUAUUUUCAUGACCUGUUACCUAGAUAAUGUACGGAUAUUUUUGGGAGAAGUUGCAUGUUGAUCACCCCUGGAAGUUAAAAUGUUAAGAAAAAAAAAAGGCUUUAAAAAAUGGAGUGACAGUCUUUUUUUUUUUUUUUUUUGGAAUGGAACAAAAAAUGAAUUAAGAAUAUAAAUCAGCUUGCCAUGUAAUUCAUGCUUUGUCAUGUUUUUUAGAG